AUGAUAUUUGUGCAAGAAACGAAGCUAGAAUCGAUGGAGAGGAUAGCCGUCCAAAGAAUGUGGGGCUGCUCUAAUAUGGACUUUGGUGUGCUUUAUAAUUCAUUUCCGUGUGUCUUGGUAAAUGUUUAUGCCCCUAAUGAAGUGGCUAAUAGAAGGGAGUUGUGGGAGGUGCUCCUGGGGUUUAAGGUUAAUCUUCAAGUCCCGUGGUGUAUAGGGGGGGAUUUUAAUGAAAUCAAAGAGGUAAGUGAAAGGGUCAGGUGCAAUAGAAUGGAGAGGGGUAUUAGGGAUUUCUCAGAGUUCUGUUUCAACAUGGAACUAAUGGAUUUACCUAUGAUAGGUAGGAAAUUUACUUGGACCAACUAUCAAAAUCAUGCCUUUCAUAGUCGCUUGGAUAGAUUUCUGGUAUCCCAACAAUGGUUGGAGAGGUUCAAAAUUCUGCCGUGGGGUUUGCCGAGACCAUUAUCUGAUCAUUGCCCAAUCGUAAUUCAGGAUGAUAGUAGGGAUUGGGGGCCUAGGCCUUUCCGGUUUCUGGAUAUCUGGCUUUCCAAUCCCAAUUGUAGGAGGAUCGCUAGAGAAACGUGGGAUGACGUUCACGUGACCGGUUGGGCUGGUUUCAUUUUUGUGCAGAAACUUAGGGCCAUUAAAGACAAGUUGAAGGUGUGGAAUAAGGAGGAUUUUGGAGAUAUAAAUUGUGCACUCCAACAUACAGAGGCUGAACUCCACCAACUGGAUGUCUUAGCGGAGGAGAGUCAACUUACUACAGAGGAGAAAGCCACGAGAUGCAAGACAAAAUCUGAAUUCUGGAGAUUGACAAGAUUGUCUGAAUCAUUCUGGAGGCAAAAAUCUAGGGUGAACUGGUUGAAAUUGGGACACAGAAAUACCAGAUUCUUUCAAGGAAUAGCUAACUAUAGAUUCAAAAAGAACAUGGUGGGAUCUAUCAAGGUGAAUGGAAGAGUAAUAGAGGAACCUGAAGAGAUUAAAGAAGCUGUAGUGGAGUACUUCAUGAAUAACUUCACAGAGGAAAGACAAAAUCGAUCAGUUUUGGGCGGAACUUUCCUUACACGCUUGAGUGCGAAUGCUGCUUGUCAACUUGAAAAACAGUUUGAGGAGGGGGAAGAUUGGGGUUGCACUGAAGGAUUGCAAUAG